CACGAGCUGUCUGUCAUCCAAAGCCCAAAAGCUACAGACAACACUUCGACUCGCAGUCUGGUUCAGGAAAGAGCAGUAGUAAGAUGGAGUUCCAAGGGCAGCACGACAACCCCGCCAACCGCGUCGACGAGUACGGCAACCCGUUCCCGCUCGGCGGCGUCGGAGGAGCGCACGCCGCUCCCGGCACCGGCGGGCAGUUCCAGGCCCGCAGGGAGGAGCACAAGACCGGUGGGAUACUGCAUCGGUCCGGCAGCUCCAGCUCCAGCUCGUCUUCGGAGGACGACGGCAUGGGCGGGAGGAAGAAGAAGGGAAUGAAGGAGAAGAUCAAGGAGAAGCUCCCCGGCGGCCACAAGGACAACCAGCAGCACAUGGCGACGGGGACAGGGACUGGAGGAGCCUACGGGCCAGGAACUGGAACUGGUGCAGCCUACGGGCAGCAAGGCCACACAGGAAUGGCCGGGGGGGGGGCCGGCGCCCGGGGGGAGGAA